AGAGGGAGGGGGAGAGAGUGAGAAAUGCAGAGGCAGCAGCCGCGGUAGCGGCGGCAUUGCUCCAGCAGGCACUAGUCACUCCAGUCCCGGCGAGCGAGCAGGGGAGAGCCACAGCAGAGGAAGCCGAGCGGACUCCGGUCUACCUGGGACUCUCUUUGUGACACUCCAGCACACAAACACACAGGGGCAGAGAGAAGAAGCAGAAAAAGAGCUCCAGUAUGGGAGGCAAACUGAGCAAGAAGAAGAAGGGGUACAGUGUCAAUGAUGAAAAAGCUAAAGACAAAGAUAAGAAGGCUGAAGGAGCAGCAACUGAGGAAGAGGAAACUCCAAAGGAAGCUGAGGAUGCUCAGCAAACCACAGAGACCACAGAAGUGAAGGAGAACACCAAGGAGGAGAAGGGUGAAAAGGAUACUCAGGUUGCUGCCAACAAGAUAGAAGAGAAAGAAGGAGAGAAGGAGAAAACAGUGACCCAGGAUGAAAGUCAGAAACCAGAACCAGAGAAGUCUGAGGCAGUCGUUGAUGCGAAAGUAGAACCACAGAAGAACACCGAACAGGCAUCCAAGCAAGAGGAGUCAACUGCAGCCUCUGCUCCUGCUGCCAGUAGCGAAGCCCCCAAAACUUCUGAGCCUAGCAACGAUGCAAAAGCUUCAGAGGCCACAGCUCCCAGUAAAGCAGAUGACAAGAGCAAAGAGGAAGGGGAAGCCAAAAAGACUGAGGCUCCCGCAACACCUGCAGCCCAAGAAACUAAAAGUGAAGCGGCCCCAGCUUCAGACUCAAAACCUAGCAGCAGCGAGGCUGCUCCUUCUUCCAAGGAGACGGCAGCAACAGCAGCACCUAGUUCCACUGCUAAAGCCUCGGACCCUGCAGCCCCACCAGAGGAAGCGAAACCUUCUGAAGCUCCAGCCACUAAUUCGGAUCAAACCGUAGCAGUGCAAGAUUAAAUUGGACAGCCUGUUGAAACAACCACUUAAAACAACCUGUGUCUUUUUUUUUUUGGUUUUGGUUUUGGGUUUUUUUUUUUGUUGUUUUGUUUGUUUAAUUAUUAUUUUUUUCAGCUCUACUAACUCGUUUCAGUUCUGAAAUAACAAAAUAUGUAUGGCCCAGAAAGAAAGGGAGAAAAGGAAAGGGAAAAAAAAAAAACAACCUUCAAAGAAUGUCCCAUCAAGUUGGGAGGGAGGGAGGGAACGGGCGGGGGGGGGGAGGGGGGAGAAUCCAAAUAGUAUUUUUGUGGGGAAAUGUCUAAUAUACUUGCUGCCAACUUGCCACAAGUCCUGGAUUUAAAGCAAACAACAGAAAAGAAGUAAACUGAAUGGAUGUCUGAAAGUACAGCACAUCUUUUAUACCUGAACUGCUGUAAAUGCGCUCCACCCAUGUAUCAGGAUCUUCUUUUUGUUCCGUCAGGGGGUUUGGGAGUGAUGCUUGAAUCUGCCCACUGAGUUUGUGCCAAGGCAAUCAGAUCUUUAUGAAAGCAGUAUUCUAUGUGGUGGGUGUUUUGGGGGUUUUUUUUGGGUUUUUUUUUUUUGGUUGGUUUUAGAUUUUAUUUACAGCCUUUCUUCUUUUGGUAAUUGUUUUUAAUGCAGUGGAUGAAUGCCAACUUUCAGACAAAAACCCACUUAGCUGUCCACAUAUUUCUCAAUGCCAAUCCUCCAGUUCUUCCUCUCCAAAUAUUUUUUGGGAGUUUAAAAAAAAAACAAAAAAACCAACAACAACAACAACAACAAAAAAAAAAGCAUUUUCAUCCUACUUAGCCUACCUAGAUUUCUCAUGACGAGUUAAUGCAUGUCUGUGGUUGGGUGCACCUGUAGUUCUGUUUAUUGGUCAGUGGAAAUGAAAAAAGUCUGCGUUCAUUGCAGUUCCAGUUUCUCUUCCAUUCUGUGUCACAGAUACCAACAUGCACUCAUUGGAAAACAAAUGAGGGGGGGAAAAAAAAAAAAGAAGAAAAAAAAGAAAAAAAAAAGCAACAAACAAACAAACAAAAAAAAAAGAACAAAAUGUACAAUGGAUGCAUUGAAAUUCUAUGUAAUUGUAUAAAUGGUGCAACAGUAAUAAAAGCUAAAUAAUUUAAAAAA